GCAAUCAUGUCUGUCACCGGGUUCUCGUACCCAGCAGAAAGGGUCUACAGGCGAGUUCACCGGAGAAAUGAUUCCAGUGAACUUGAUAUAUUCGAAGCGAAGCAGUAUUUCUCUGGCUGCAAUGAGGUCCUCGGGCUCUAUGGUGCAGCUCUUUCUCACAAGGCCAUGAGAGAAGAAAGGCAGGAGUGGGGCAUGCCCAUGCGGCAUACGCUUCAGUCUCAGUCUCGUCAGAUCGAAAGCCAAAUCAUCAACGAAAAUAAACAGAAGAAACCCAGGUCUCCAUGUGGUAGACUUGUCAAUUUUCUCAGCUAUCUAUUCCACCAAGCAGUUUCCAGGAAGAAGAAAUCAAAGUCCAGUACACAGUCAGAGAAAGAUGAAGAAGAGAGCUCAGGUGGAAGGAGAAAAAGGAGGAGCAGAAGCAUGAGUAGUCAUUUUCGAAGCACCAGCACCACCACCGAUUCAAAGUCGAUGCGGUCAUCUUCAAGCUCAUCUGGUUAUAGAACACCUCCUUAUGCAAACAGUACUACUUCUACAAACAUGUACAAGGAUCUCAUUAGUUACUCUGAUCACAAACAAGUGGUGCCUUUGCCGUCGGAAAACAAUGAGAAGGUAAGCUCGAUUAGCUUAAAACGAGAGGGUUUGAAUAAGAAAAGAAGUAUGGAUUUGACUUGGUUGGAUGAAAAACUACUCAAGUUCAACUGUGGACUUGAAGAGAAAACCAACAACUUGAAUCAUGGGUUUUUAGAGAAAGAUAGGACUUGGGUUGAGGAUUACUCAGCAGAGAACAAGAGCUUUACAAGGUUCGAUGAUGUAGAUGAUGGUGGAGAGAGUGAUUCAAGCUCUGAUCUGUUUGAACUGCAGAAUUUUGACAUUGGUUUCUACUGAGACCGUCGAGAGAGGAGCACUAAUCCUCAGUGUGGCACCCAACAAUGCCAUUUCUGUUUCUCUUUCGGUUGUGAAUGCUACGCUGCUUUUGUUGUAUACUUAUCCUUUGCUUCUUUUGAAUUCGGAGUCUUUAGCUGUAACCAAGUUACUAAACUAAUUAAUGAUGAUUGAUAGUAGAGGAACA